CGGAAUCAAAAGAAGUACGAAAAAAAUAAUAAAUAAGAAAAGAGAGGCACACGAUAUAGAUAUAAAUAAAAUUGAGAGAAUCUACAGCUGCAUAUUAUGUACAUAAUCAUAUGUUUUUCAAGGUCAACUAUACCUUGUGUAUGUGAGAGCCGCUGAGAGGAUUUUCUCGAGCAUAUAUCCCCAAAAAAUCUACCUACUGAUCGUAAAUAAGAAACGCGAAAAAAUAUUACUUAGUUUAGCUUCUGUGCUCAGUGAGAAGAGAAAAGCAGUUCAUUAACUUGAAUUAAUUCAAGCUGACCUCAUUAAUCAGACCGCAGUAUAUUAAUGACAAUAUUCCACUGAUUACAAACAAAGGAAUUAAUGAUAAGGAACGAUAAGAAAUUUGUGAUAACAAAUUCGCUAUGCGAUUGGAUGACAUAGUUUUAAGGUGAGAUUCGAGCGAGUUAUACAAAAAAAUUUUGUUAACUUAAUGAAAUUAAAUCAGAACAUGAAAAAGUGGUAUCAGAAGAAGAUUGGUUCUUAUGAUAAGCAAAAAUGGGAGAGAACACUGGAGGAACAAAAAAUCAUCGACAGCGCAUUAAGCUUCCCGCUGAGGUCAACAAAACUCAAAACUGACUUCAUUGACAUCGAUCUAGUGCGUGGAUCAACAUUUCCAAAAUUAAAGCCCAAACAGUCACUCAUCCAAGUUCUGUAUUUAUCUGUUUUAAGAUAUUUCUUCCUUCCAUUAUUCUCAAGAUGGUGGGUCAAGGAGACAUCCGCAAAAGUUUUUAUCGUUCUCCUCGUCUUAUACUUCCUUCAAAUGAUUAAUUGGGCAAUUUAUUCGUUGCAUGCCAAAAGAAUUGGCGAGGAUGAUGAAAAUAUAAUUCCAUUAUGUGAAUUGUUAGUUCCAAUGAGCUUAUCGCUUCUUCUUUGCUUCGUUCAUUCACAAAUUGUUGCUACUUCGGUGGUGUCAUCGCGAUCUUCCAAAAGUCGUCAACACAAAAUGAAUUUUAAUGGCAAGAUCAGUAAGAUCGAUAAAAUCAAAAGGAGAAAGAAAGUAUUCAGACCACGACUUUCGAGUAACUCACUCGACAUAAAAACCAUGGAAGGGUAUGAUUCAGAUGAUGAGCAGUCAAUACCUAACAUAAAUUUGGAACUAAAUUCAUCGCUCAAAAAUAAGAAUAUUAUUAUUAAUGAGAGUAAAAGUAAUCCAGAAUCUCCAGUAAUUCGAAGACGUAAUGUAAAUUGGAAUCUUGCAGAUAAUGCCAACCUUGAAAGACCGGCUGAUCAACAGCAAAUAAGAUUAAGAAGGGGCUUUCAAAACCCCCUCGUUGCACGACUUGAUGAUGAUGGAUUUGAAAGUUUAACCGGUAAAAGUUGCUCAAGUGGCGAGGAAAUAAGACAGCAUGUCCAAAAUCAAUCAGAAAGUGAUACAGAAACGCUCAGAAAUACGACACCGAUAAAAAAGCCUAAAAAGGAUGGAACGAAGAACAAAAGUGACACGUCGGAAUCAGAAUUUGAGGAAAAUGAUGAUUUAUCAUCUCCAUCAACAAAUCAGCACUUUGAGACAACGGAUGGUGAAUAUAUAGGUGUGACGUCAAAUAGUGAAAGUGAAUGUGCUGAGGAUGGAAAUUAUUCGGAAACAGACGACGACAAUUUUCCCACAAAUAUUUUAACUCCAAAUGACUCUAGUGAGAAAGUAUCUGUGACUUUAUGGACGAAACGUGAGCCGAGAAAGGCUGAAAUGAGUGUUUUGGAAAUAAGCAAGUCAAUCAUUCAGAGAGUCGAUAAUCUUCCUGAAACUUAUGAUUACGUUUACAUUGGAGGUGCUUUAAGCAUCAUAUUGUCUAUAACACCAAUUUAUUGUAGAUUAUGUGACCUUACAAAUAAUACAAAUUCAACAAAUAACAUUUUUGAUCUUCCACGAGUCAUUCAAGAUGACUCUUUGACAAUAUCCACAUUUGUACAGCUUGCAUUGGGCCAGAGCUUCUGGGAAAUGAGUUUAUAUCUGAUUUCGACAUUUCAACGACUUGUUCUGACCUUUUGCUUCUUUUUCUUGUUGGCUGUUGCUGAGAGGACUUUUAAACAACGAUUUCUAUACGCGAAAUUAUUCUCACAUUUGACUUCCACAAGACGUGCGAGGAAAUCGUUAAUUCCACAUUUUAGACUCAAUAAAGUUCGAAAUAUUAAGGCAUGGCUGAGUGUCCGAUCAUAUUUAAAGCGACUAGGUCCACAAAGGAGUGUGGAUAUCAUCGUAUCGGCAGCAUUCAUCACAACACUCAUUUUAUUGGCAUUUUUGAGCCUCGAAUUUUUAAAAGAUUCUGAGCAUAUUCAUUCACAAAUUAAUUUAGAGGCACUAGUGUUCUCAUCAUGCUGUGGGAUCUUCAUGUUGAGAUUUUUCACACUUGGUGCCAAGAUCAAUAAAAAGUAUCGAUCAAUUUCCGUUCUGAUUACAGAACAAAUAAAUUUAUAUGUACAAAUAGAGAAGAAGCCACAGAAGAAGGAGGAAUUAGGCGUUAGUAAUAGCGUAUUAAAGUUAGCCAGUGAUUUACUUAAGGAAUUAGACUCACCAUUCAAAAUAUCUGGCUUAAGUGCCAAUUCAUAUCUUUACAAUACAGUUAAAGUCGUAGUUUUGUCAGCUCUAUCUGGAGUCUUAUCAGAAAUGCUUGGCUUCAAAUUAAAACUGCAUAAAAUCAAAAUCAAGUAAAUUUGCUUUCUACAGCUAUGCAUAAAGGAACUCAUUCAUCACAC